AUAUUUAUUUAUUUAUUUUAUAUAAUGAUAUAAGAGAAUAACAAGCAUUGCAUGUAGAAAUGAAGUAGAAGUGAAUCUUAACUUCAGGUACUACCUCACACGACAUUCUUGCAUACAAGCUAGGGAAAAAAAAUGGUCUUGAUCCCACUGCUACAAAGCAGGUACUGGGAUGAUGGGAACUCAGCUCCCAGCCUGGUGACUUGUCGGUUCCCAGCGGGGAGGACAGCCAGCCUCGGAUGCACAAGUUUGUCUUUGAUUCGGCUUUAUUCAACCCUUCUGUUAAUGACUUGGAUGACAGAACAAAAAAGUAAACUGAUUAAAUUCACAGCUGAUACCAAGCUGGAAGGGCUGUAAAUACACUGUAGGGAAGGAUUAGAAUUCAAAAUGUUCGUGACAAGCUGGAGAAACAAUAAGGGGUGGGGGAAAUGAAAUAAAAAGGAGGUAACUCAAUUAGAACAAAGGUAAAAUCCCAUGCUUGGCAGGAAUAGCAACCAAAGAAAUGUAAAAUGGAAACAAUUGCAUAGACAGCAGUUCUGCGGGAAAGGAUCAGGCAAAUGCCAUGUUAUGAUGUGGAGAGUAACAGAGCUUGCAGGACAAGUGCGUAGUCCAUUUUGUCUGGCUGAGGUGCUGAGGUGUUUGUGCACCUCCCCUUCCAGAAAGAGGUACGCGCUCCGUGGGCACAAGUGACACACUCAGUACAGGAGCCUGGAAAACUCGGGAGGAAAGCUUACAAGGAUUGGGACUGUUUGACCAGCUCCUGAGGACAGGGAUGAGCCUAGGCCAGGACUGGGCCCCUUCCUGCAGGGAAGGACUGAGCUCCCCAUUUUGGCCCUGGGAAGCCCUCAGGGCCUACAGGCCUCAAACCUGCCUCCUGCUCGGGUAGGAGGCCUCUGGCUCCAAGAAGGACCCGGCUCCUGUUGGUACCCGCAAACCAAGCUCUCCUUAAUAGAAUAGUAGGAUAGAAGGAUCUGAAAAUCAUGGUCUCCUCAUCCAUGAUGAUCUUAGUUAGUCUUCUGAGAUGCUUAGCUGUCACACCAUGCCAUGAUACAGGGAUCAUUUAACUGCUUGUAUGUGGCUGCUGCUCGUAUGGCUGACCUGCUGGCCCAGCUGCCCCGUGGCUCCUGAGCUUUGACUGGAAGCCACACACAGACCUGAAGUUGUGCAAACAUUCACAUGUUGUGCAACAUGCACUUUGAAUCUAAAAAAAAAAAAAAAAUCAAGAUCUUUCCAUACAUGGCCAGCGGCCACUGAGCUUGAGGGCAGUCUUGUGUUCGUUCCUUCCUCUCAAAGAGCAAAACCUUCUUCAGAUUAAUGCUGUGCAGCAGAAAGGAUAAAUAUUUCAUAAAGGGUCAAGAAAUUAAUGCAAACACUAAUAAUAACCUAAAUUAUCUAAUAGUUGGGUUCCAUCCCUAAGUUUUAUGUUACAUAUUUAUAUUUUAUAUCCACAUGUGGAGAUGAAAUUCUGUUAAAUUAGGUUGACAGAACUAGAAUGGGUUUCUGAGCGCAGCUUUGUCAAAAAGCUUACUUCCUUUACAGUUCCUCUCACUCUCAUAAAAUGAUUUCUUCUCAAGCUAUUAAAGAGGAAGAAUUUCAAGAAUUUUUCAAAUUGGCUGAUGGAAACUAGUUUGACAGUUGCAUGAUCUUCUAUUUUCAAGAGAAAUUAGUCCCCAUAGAGAACAGUGUUGUUUCCCUUUUGUGUAUUUAUUUAACUUGAUUUUUUGUAUGGGUAAUGCCCUGAAAAGUUGGAAAUGCACAUAGCUCUUUUGCAAGAAGAUUAUAAAUGGAUGCCUAUCUCAGGCACUAAAUAUCUUUAUUUCUUUAAAUAGAACCACCAGGACAAGGAAUGGGAAUAAACAGGAAGAGUAAGCCUCCACCAGUGGCAGACUGCCCCUGUGCUAGAGCAAGUUUUCUCAUUCUCCUGUCAUUUUUUUUCACCUUACAGCAAUUGCAAAAUGAGUUCCUCCACCUUGAUUUCUGCAGGAGGAGGUGCUGCUUGCACCCCAGCACCAGCCCUGUACUGCACCACAUGGGCAAAAACUGCUCACCGACACCCUGAUGGCAUUUCUCCUCUUUAAAUCCUAACUCGUCACCACUGCCUGUAGCUCCACAGAUCCUAAUCAUCGCUGCAGGCUUACCUGCAGACCCACAGGCAGGUGCCCGGGCACAGCAGACACCACGCAGGGCUGGUGAUGUGCUCGCAGGAAAUUGCUGCGCAGGGCACACACAGUACUAUGCCAUAGACGAUGCAUGGAAAAUCUGGUGCCCUGCAGUCACUCUACAGCAAGCACGAAACUCCUGCACAGCAGCACAAGUAGGAUUCAGACCGCUGCCUGAUGACCCGCCAGCCUCACUGGCUCCCAGGCUGGGACCAUGACUCAGAAAUGGCAGAGAGCGCCCCGAACCGAAGGAGCACAUUAGGUUUCCAAUGAUCUUGGCUCUGCUUCCCUCAGGCUACAAACAUCCCCUUCUUUUAGCGGCUCCAGCCUCAGCCAUACGUGGAGAAGAGCAGUCAGCCCCAUUACCUGCAGCGGAAGACGUAAGACCUGUCUUCCCUGGGUGUCACUUUUAUGGAGAGCCAUCCUGCCGUAAACCCGCUGAGAGCAGAGCCGAGCUGCAGACAGAGGCGGGCCACUGCUCGCUACGAUGGGUGCUCUCCCACGCAGCGCUUCUGCAUCAUGUUGAGUCUACACCGGGCAAGUCAAAUGAUGUCAGGUCACGCAGCAAUGUGGUGCAACAGGACAACAUCGCCCGCAAACCAAGCGACCAGCCCAAGGAGGUCACGGCAUGGAUUGAGAUUUCCGUUUGUGUUGGGAGUUCGAGUUCCUCUGGCCAUCAAGAGGUGACAGGGGAGCGAAAUCCUGGGCCCUGAGGAACACAGGCAAAAGCUCUGCCCUUGUGUGGAGCUUACAGCCCAGUGAAUAACAGUGCCAGCUUGUUUGGAUGGCUCUGGCUUGCAGAGCCCAGGAGAUUCUAGGACAUGGCCUGAAAUUCAGUAUACCCCAGGCCCUGUACACUGUGGCUUUAAAAAGAGAGGUUUAUUUUGUAAACAGUGCACGGUCAGGUCAUGGGGGCUUUCCUCCCACUGCCUGCUGUAAGAGCCAUUAGCCCGUUAUUCGUCGCCUCUUUUCAAAUGGAAAACUAAAACAUGGACAGUGGGUAGCAACAGGCUUUAAUGAUCCACCUGGUUAUUGCUCAGCUACUUCCAGCGUUCAGAGCCGGAAUGAAUGCCAAACCACCCUGGCAAUUGCAUUUCUUGUAGUUAUCAGUCCUUCUCCUCUUUAAAAUACAUCUUUCUGACAGCAGCCCACAGCUACUAUUUCCUUUGCGUUCUUUGAAGUGCAGAGCACUACAAAUACAUCAUUUAGCUUUGCUGCAGCCCUCUCUGUCCCUUUGAUCAUCUCCUUUACACUCGUCUGCAUUUCUGCUUGGCUCCCGCAUGUGCAGUACAUCAAAGAAGAGCUUUGCAGCAAGUACCCUGGGCUUUUCAGGGCUUCUCUUUUUUUUAGGGACAGAAUCCCAGCUGGUGUAAAACAGCACAAAUGCCACUCAAGUCAGCAGCAUUACUGCAUGUAAAGCAGCCACAAUUCUGACCCGAGUUCCUGCUGUAAAAUGCAUUACUGCCUUGUGAGUGUGCAUUUCCCCAGCUUGGAGGCUGCCAGGAAUGAACCUGGGGAAAGGCAGGGCAGGAGGAAGCGCUGGCUCAGCCUCACAUGGCUCCCAUGGGCACAGGGAUGUGAACAGCUCGUAAAUACCCCGAAUAAAAGAAACAUCAGUUGUCCUGUUUCGUCGAUUAGGAACAGGAGCCCAGGGCUAAAGUACCAUGUUCAAUAUCGCAAUAUCCCAAGCAGAAUUAUCUGACCCUGUGUUUCCAGUGCCUGGCAAAUGAGCCAGGCAGGAGGCACUCCUUUAGCUCUACUUGUCCUCACACCAAAAGGAAAAAAUAAAUCAGCUUGCAAAUAACUGAGUAUCUUGGGUGUGAUCUAGCGUGUGAUACCCAUAAGAUAACACACGCAUUUCUACCAUUCCAGAAGCUGACAGCCACAUUCCUUUCCCAGCUGGCAGAAGACACAGAUUGGGGAAAAAAGGCUUUUCUUCGCAAUUUUCUUACGUUGAGAAUUGUUCCCGAGUUACACAAGCUACUCCUCUCUCCCUACACAAAUCCCAGCCUGCUAAAUUGUCCUUGUGGUGGCUGAAUCCACGUUUCAGGCACAGCUCUGCAAAGUGCCACAGGCAGGGCAAUGCCCCCCGGAGUAGAGCAGGUUUCUCAGUUCGGAGGAUGAUGAAACGUGAACGCUGCGCGCGCGCCAGCCAGCUUCUGGGAAACGGUCUUGCUGUGCCUCCAUCCGACAUCGCAGUGCCUUAGCGCUGCUCGCUUCACCCUUCGGAAAGAAAUCACUGCUUUCUCAAAAAAAAAAGGAAAAGGAAAAAAAAAAAGAAAAGGAAAAAAAAAAGAGAGAGAAACUUAGUGAAGUAGAUAACUUGCCAAGUAAAGCAGCAGGCAGUAGCCCGAAAACUUUACAGAGAAGCAUCACUAAAUGUGCCUCAACAUCUGAGAGUUCGGAUUGUGCCUUCCGGGUUUUAAAACCACCAAAACUUUGGUACACGUCCAUGUGCAAGAUUUUCUGUUGCUGAAGGACCAGUUUCAGUUUUGACGAAUGAAGGAAUGGAAAUGCAAAACAACUCCAUGACAACCAGCACAGAAGUGACCGAGCCAUCCGACCGUGCCUUAGCAAAGCUGCUGCUCUCCUCGCUGCCCGUGGAAGGUCGCUCAUUUUAGAUAAGCACGCGAAGUCAUCACUGGGCAAGUCACUUCAACAGCUUGGAAACUUUUUUUCCUUCUGUUUCGGGAUGGUGGUGAGGACCGAGAGCCAGUUUCGCAGGCAAACAGAACUGGGGCAAAGAGUUCGCCCUGCCUGAGAUGAAAACGCUGGAAACUUUUUCCCGUCUGUGCUGUCCCGCAGCCCUGCGGGUGACCCCUCCCCUGCGCAGCGUUACCCAGCUCUUACACAAGCACACAUCAGCCUCCAGCAGCUCAGCGCCGGGGGCUGGCUGCACUGCACUUGGUGAGAGCAAAGGCGAAGAGCUGCCACUGAGGGGUCCUGCAGCGACCGGGAAAGGCUCGGCAUUGCCAGGAUGCUUCUGCUGCUUUCUCUGCUCACUGGACUCGCCCUGUCUGCCUCUGGCGUCGCGGCAGAAGAAGAAACUGACCCAAGCAGAGAGACCCUUCAAGACGUACAGAAAAAAGUGAACGACCUCUGGCAGAAUUUGCUCUACCCAGUAAUGGCCGGUAAUGAGACCAACGGGAUGACUUACGCCACUUGUGAGAUGAAGCCCAGCUCCAAAAUAGAUGCUGACAAGCCACAAGUGACUGGACAAGUCUUGUUCAGACAGCAUUACUCACAGGGAAGACUGGAAGCCAUUUUUCACUUGGACGGGUUUCCGCUGGAUAACGCCCAGUCCGGCAGAGCUAUUCACAUCCACGAGCUUGGGGAUCUCAGCAACGGCUGCGACUCCACCGGAGGACACUACAACCCCUUCAGCAUCAACCACCCCCGCCACCCAGGGGAUUUUGGGAACUUCUCUCCCAAAGAUGGCAAAAUCAGAAAAUACAAACCGAAUCUCUUUGCCACUUUGUUCGGUCCGUACUCCAUCCUGGGCAGAUCCGUCGUGAUCCACGAGCAGGAAGACGACAUGGGCAAGGGCAACAACAAGGCCAGUCUGGAAAAUGGAAACGCUGGCAAACGCCUGGCUUGCUGCGUGAUUGGGGUGUGCAACGGGAAGUUGUGGGAAGAGAAACAGUUUGAGGCCGCGGACAAGAAGAAGAGAUGGCUCAGAACCAGGCUUUAAUGGAGGCCAGAAAAUCACUGGGCAGCACCAAGUACCUUGGGCUGCGCCAUCGACCACCACGACACAUGGCAAAGGGAUUCCCACUUCCAUUCUCUUGCUUCUCUACCAAACGUGUAUCACUUUGUAGAGCCGCCUUUCUGUAAGCUGGUCAAUAAAAGCAGCAUCAACUCAA